GUCUGGUGUUUGUGCACUGGGGCUGAGCCACAGGUGGGCUCCUUGGGGUCUUGGGGCACAGCAGGGUGUGGGUGCCAGGUCCAUCUGCCCAGCCUGCAGCACUGAUCUUGGCCAGGGUGAAACCCCUCGGUUGUGUUUUGGGGGAUGUCCUGACUUGUGUCUGUCCUGUUGCCCUUGGUCCUGGCCUGAUCCCUGUGCUGCUGUCCUGUCUCCAAGCCACUGAUGGCCCCUGCGAGGGGGACACGGGUACAUCCAGGGCAUCCUACCGCUAGCUCGCAGAGGGCACUGCUGAGCCGACACAGCCAGGCACCCGCAACGAGGAAGGAGGAAAGAAGAAAAACCCUGACCCAGGCAAAGGGCUCCAACCAACAAAGCCAAAUUACCUGCUGUGCCGUCGGCGCCUCCGAAGCCUCCCGCCGCCGUGGCACAGAGCCCGCGGGGCUGUCCCCAGCUGGAGGGAGCCUGAGACCGAGGCAGCCCCAGGGAUGCUUCCAGCAAACGUUCCCAGAGCCUGAUGUGGGGCUGCUGAGCAGCAGGUCGGUGUGUUCAGCGGAGCCUGGUGGUCCCGGCCGGCGCUGCUGUGGGGGGUCCAGCUGGUUCCUGGUGCGGUGGGGCCAGAUGAGCGGCUGCGAGGCCCGAGAAACCACAACGUGGGAAGGGGCUUCGAGUUUUUCCCUCUGCCUGAGGCAGACGGGGACCGGCUGUGCUGGGGUCAGCAGGGGCUGGCAGGGAGCAUCCUGUGGCCGUGCUGGGACAGUGCUGGCCCCUGCAUGCAGCCUCCCGCUGCGGCUGGAGCAGUCCUGUCCCUGCCUGCAGAGGCAGCCAUGAGGUGCCGGCUGCCCUUGGUGUCCGCGGGUGGCAGAACCGGUCCGGCCCGCCGGGCCGCCCAGCACGGCAGCGUAGGGCCCGGACAGAUGGACGGGGCGCGGGAUGAGCUCUGCCCUCAGCCUGCUCCUGUCCCUGGCCGGCUGCACCCUGCUCCGGGGAAAACUGUUGCCUCCGCGGGACGUGAGGCUGGAGGCACAAAACUUCCAUGUCCGCCUGCGGUGGGAGCCAGACCCCAGCUGGCCCGACGGUACCACGUACCAGGUGGAGUGGAGGAACACAACCUUUGACUGGACCAAGGCAGAUGCCUGCUGGGGGAACAGCACCAGCUCCUCCUCGGCAUGUGAUCUGUGUUUUGAUGCAAUCCACAGUAUCUACUGGGCAAGGGUGAGAGUGAUGGCCAGAGAUGAGCUGUCCGAGUGGGCCAAAUCCAGCGAGCUGCAGCUGUACAGAGACACAAUUGUGGGUCCCCCCACGUUGUCCUGGCUGCUCCAGGGCCACAACCUCAGCGUAAAUCUCACCAUGCCGCUCACCCCCUACCCCUGCACAAAUGGCUCCCAUGAGCCAGUGGACCAAGUUCUGCAGAAGCUGCGGUACUGGCUGCAGCUGUAUGAAGGGGACCUGCUCGUCCAGGUGGUACCUUGCAGGUGGAGAGGGGAGAAAGAACCAUGCACCUUCGGGCCCCUGAAGCCCAGCACCCACUACUGUGUCCGGACAGUGGCCGUGGAGAUGGCCACACAGAGCCGGGAGGCCGAGCAGUGUGUGGUGACUCCGCCAGACCCUGCAGGCUUUCCCUGGUUCCUCCUUGUCCUGCUGAGUGCCGUCUUACCGCUGCUUAUCCUGGCUGGGUUCUGCUCCAUCCACCUGCAAGUCUUACCCAGCCCCUCGGAGAUGCACCUCCCAGAAACGCUGCAGGGGCUCCAGAACAGGGAGUUGAGCAAGACCAUGGGGGUGCCUGCCCUUGAGCUCAAGGAGGACUCACUGUCCCUGCUCCUGCCACCCAUGUCCCCAUCCCAUGGGCUGCCUGUAGCCGAGCAGGGAGUGCCAGCGGUCCGGCUGCUCCUCAGAGGAAGCCUCCCCCAGGACGUGAGUGGAUACUGUGCCAAUGGCUUUGGGCCAGGCUGCUGUGAGGGGCAGCAGCCAUCCUGCACCCUGGGCCGGCCGGGCCAUGCCUUCAGCUACCAGAUCUCAUCACAGCUGGAAGAGGAUGAGGAGGCAGAUGAGGACAAUGUGCUGGAGCAGCUGGUGUCCGUGGGACAGGGCAGAGACAGCUACACAGGUGAUGGAGACUAUGGGAUAUCCGAGACAUUGCUCUCCCAGCACCUCCAGCUUUAUUCUAAGUGCCAGUGCCCAGCCCUGGGAGCAGGGAGCUGCCUUCCUCUGCCCGCACCGGGCAGGAGCUUCAGCCAGGAGGACUUGCAGGAGAGCCUUGGUGUGCCAGGACACGGGGUCCAGCUCAGCUCCGUGAAGCUGCAUGCUAGUGAGGAGGAGGAUGGAAGGCAGCUCAUCCAUGCUCUCCAGCCCCUGUGGACUGAGCUACAGCCGGGUGACAGCACUGUGCAGCCAGGCAGCCCUGAGCCCACAGCACCUGGCAUCCCCUGCCAGCUGCCCCACCUGCCCUCCAAGGCCCUGCAGGCAGCUGCCUUCUCUGGCUACGAGCUGCGUCCUCGGGCUGAUGGGGAGCCAUAGCAGGGAAGGACAUGCUGGGAGCUGCCAUCACCCUGUCACAGCAGCAAAGAGAGCUGGAGGUGCUGCCUGCAGCAGCCACACUGGCUGCCUGCUCUGACCUGCCUGUGCCUGGCUGGGCCUGGGACUGGGGCAGGGCCCACGCCGGCAGGCACGGGCACGCUCCAGGCACGGCUGCCACAGAUGGCCAAGAUCAACAUCUUCAGAGCCUCCCUCCAUGGCUUUGGUGCUCUUGAACCAAAGCAUGAAGAAUACGUACUGAAGUUGGAGCCCCAAAAGUUGUAUCCAUUUGUCCACCUAUAUGUGUGUAUAUAGAAUCACAGACUGGUUUGGGUUGGAAGGGACCUUAAAGACCAUCUAGUUCCUAACCCCCUGCCAUGAGCAGGGACACCUUCCAUGAGACCAGAGUGCUCCAAGCCCCAUCCAGCCUGACCUCGAACACUUCUAGGGAGGGGAUGUGUGUGUGUACAGUAUAUAUACCAAGGCAAAUUUAUGUAUGUAUUUUCAUAUAUACACACA